UAUUUUCUUUUGCUAAAUCUCCCAUCCUUUCUUUACAUUCAAUUGCCUCAAGCAUUCAGCCAUGUCUUAUUCAUCUAGUUGGAGAAGCGGAUACGACGACCUUGAAGAUGAUGCUGAUGAGAACAUUUUGACGGAUGCGCAGGAGACGCAAUGGAGUAGUCGAGACAGUAUUCUGUUUGUAAUCGACUGCUCACCUGCUAUGCUUAAAGCAUCAGAAGACGGUGAGAUCCCAUUUUAUACCGCAAUUAAAUGCGCCAUGGCUGUACAGCUUAAUAAGAUCAUCAGCAGUGAGUCUGAUUUGGUUGGUGUUAUCUUCUAUGGCACUGAAAAAUCCAAAAAUGCAAAUAACUUUGAGCACAUAUAUGUGCUGCAAGACCUAGAAACCCCUGACGUGAGCAAGAUCCAGCAACUGGAGGCUAUUGAUGAUAAAACUAUCGACUUCAAUCAGGAGUUCGGUACUAGCAAUGGGAAAUAUACACUGGGUGAGAUGUUCUGGACUGCUACUAGUCUCUUCGGGAGCAGUGCACAGAGGAUUGGGUCCAAGCGUCUGUUUUUAUUCACAAAUGAAGAUGAUCCCCAUUCGGGAGAUAUCAGUCUAAGAAGCGCAUCCAAAGUUCGAGCCAAUGAUCUCCAGCAGUUUGGUAUCAAGAUCGAACUCUUUGAUAUUGAUAAGCCUGGCGAAAAGUUCAAUCGGAAAACGUUCUACAAGGAUAUUUUAAUUGAUGUAAUGGAUGACGAUGAGGAAGGAACAACUGAUGAUGUCUCUACAAAACUCAGUGAACUCCUUCAAAGGGUCCAGCGCAAGGAAGUGAAGAAGCGUGCGUAUUUUAAUAUCCCACUUAAGCUGGCGCCAGGUCUCGAGAUAGGCGUCAAGGGUUACAACCUUGUUUUGGCUCAGGGCAAAGGAGCGCACAGAAAUGUUUAUACGCUAGGAGAGGCGGUUCGAGAAGUCCAAACUGUUACAACAUGGCUGUGCGCAGAUACGGCUCAGUACCUUAUGCCCACCGAUCUGAAGUAUUAUUGGGAGUUUGGGGGCGUCAAGGUUGUAUUCUCGAAGGACGAAGUUGCGGGUAUGAAGUCAUUUGGGCCACCAGGACUAGCACUGAUUGGGUUCAAACCUAGAAGUGCUAUCCGAAUGCACCUUAACAUUGCUCAUGCCAUGUUUUUAUAUCCUGAUGAAAAAUCAUAUGAGGGCAGUACGCGUGCAUUUUCUUCUUUGCUGAAGGCCAUGGCAGAAAUGGAUAAGGUGGCGAUCUGCUCUUUUACACAACGUAAAGGCUACAGUACAAGACUAGUUGCUCUUAUUCCCCAGCUGGAAGUUGUCAGUGAAAAUGGUCAAGAGCAACCUCCUGGCUUCCAAUUGAUCCAAUUGCCAUGGGCGGACGACAUCAGACCGCUCCCAAUUCAGACUGACUACACACCGCCCAUGGAACUUAUCGAUGCCGCCAAGGGCAUCAUCUCCAAACUAAAUAUGAAGAAAGGUUUCCAGCCAGAUAAUUAUGAAAAUCCAUCUUUGCAGAAGCAUUACAAGGUGCUUCAGGCCACAGCGCUGAAUCAGCUCGAUAUGGAUAUUGAUGACAAAACUCUUCCCAAGACGGAACAGAUGCACCAACGUGCUGGAGAGUAUAUUCGGAAUUUCAAGGAUGUGGCAUCCACUAUCGAACCUCCAGAGCCUUCUAUUGAUUCUUCACUUGCAUCAUCCAAGAGACCAUCACAAUCACAAGAGUCGUCAGCAUCCAAGAAAUCAAAGAGUACCCAGGCGAGUCAAGCAAGUCAACCGUCUGACAAUGCCAGUCUUUUAGCAGAUAUGCGUUUUAAGUAUGAUGGUGGUCAAUUGAACAAGGCAACAGUUGCAAUGCUGAAAGAAUUCCUAAGCUCAGUGAAUCUGAAGCCUAAUGGAAGUAAGAAGGCAGAUUUGAUCAGCCAGGUAGAGGCAUAUUUUGCUAAUUGAAAACACGAAUGAAUAUAUAUACUUUGAGGUGAUCUGCAUUUUUGCAAUUGAAUUGUUGACAUAGUUAAAAUUAAACAAUAAAGU